GGGCAGGAUGCCAGGGUGAUGGGCCCAUGGAGGGGAUCCGAUGGGGGGCAGGAUGCCAGGAUGAUGGGCCCAUGGAGGGGGAUCCGAUGGGGGGCAGGAUGCCAGGCAGGCCGUGGGUCUGAGCCCAGCUGAGCAGACAAUUGCUGAUGUAACGGGGCUGCAAUCCUGCCGUGGUUUCCUGACUCGUGCUCAUGUCACCGUCUUGCGUCAGCCCCACAAACCCCCUCCCCCCUGCUCAGGCACCAAGGGGGGGCCCUGGCCCUCGGAGUAGCUUUAACCCCUCGCUGCCCAGAGCUCCCCUGGGAUCCAGCCCCCCAACCCCCCAUUACCCAGCCCCCCUCGCUCUGCCUGGCUUCGAGCCCCGCAGCGGCUCACCGGCGUCCCGUCCUCCCCCAGGACAAGCCAUGAGAGAGGAGGUGGAGACGGGCGCCCGGUUCCUGUCGCGCCUGGUGAACCGGCACGGCCGGCUGGACGAGGGGCGCGUGGAGCAGUUCGGGGAGCGCCUGGCCGCCGUCCUGCAGGAGCGGUACAGCCGGCACUGGUACCCCGAGAACCCCGCCAAGGGGCAGGCCUACAGGUGUAUCCGCAUCAACCAGCGGCGGCGGGUGGACGAGUCGCUGCUCCGGGCCUGCGCGGGCUGCGGGCUGGAGUACGCGGAGCUGGCGCUGCCGCGGGAGCUCUCGCUCUGGAUCGACCCGGGGGAGGUCUGCUGCAGACUCGGGGAGAACAGCCAGUACUUCACGGUGAGCCCCUCGGACGGGGGCAGCGGCAAAGGGACCCCGGAGCCCGAGACGUCGGACUAUCACUCGGAGUCGCCGUCGGAGAGCUCCUCGGAGGACGAGGGAUCGGCCCGGCCGGCCCCAGCCCCGGCCCCGGCCCCGAGCAGACCUGCCCUGCGGGAGCCCAGCAAACAGGCCGCCGAGUUGUUCUACGUCCCGGCCCCCAUGUGGGUCCCCUGCACCCCCCAGCGCCUGGUCAGCUACAUCCCGACCUACCAGCCCCUCACCUUCUACUACGUCAGCGUGGGCGCAAAGCCCUCGCCGGCGAAGAGAUCCAACCCCGACCGGCUGCGGCGCCUCACCCACCGGGCUGCCAAGGCUUAGGGGCAGGGCAGGGAGAGGGGAGAGCCCCCAGCCCCUCUCCCUCCUGCCCCCCCAGUGAUCUCCACCACACUCCCAGGCUGAGACUGGGUGGAACUCACCGCAGCAGUACAAACAGCGCCACCUGGUGGCCACGCAGUGAGCCAGGCUGGAAACGUCUGGAAGUCGGGGAUGUCCUGCCCCCAUCCCCCCACCCAGCUGGCGUCUUAAGGGUUAACAGCCCCUCUUCUCAUGCAGGGAGUGCGGCCCCGAGGCCGUGGGGCUGAGCCAGCUGAGACUCAGUAUCCUACGGGCCCGUCUGCACGGGCAAAGCGCACGGGCAGAUUUGCUAUGGAAGGGAAGACGGGCCUGGAAGCCAGGACGCCUGGGUUCUAUCCCCAGCUCUGGGAGGAUAGUGGGGUCUAGUGGUUAGAGCGGGGGGGGCUGGGGGCCAGGACUCCUGGGUUCCAUUGUCAGCUCUUCUGACCAGCUUCUGGCAAAAAAAAAACCAAGCACACACACACAAAACCACCAAAUAUGUGCCUCAGUUUACCCAUCUGUAAAACGGAUCAUAACACUCACCUACCUCAGAUUGGUGCCGCGGUGCAAACAAACACAGGGGCACUUUAUAAAGGCUUUUUCCAUGCUGCUUUGCCGGGCAGGGGAAAGGAUUAUUCUAAUAAUUUUAAUAUAUAUGCUGUAAAUAGCGAGCGCUGAUUUAAUUUAUGGAAGCAGAGAGAGCUGUUUAGCAGGGAGGUGCGUGGCGGGGGA